UCUCACAUAAGUUCUUUGGAACCCCAGUGAGAGGCUGGCCGGCAUUGGCUAAGUGAGGAAGGAAGGUCCCAAGAGAUGCCUUGUGCCUGGGAACGAACAGUAGGGGCUCUGGCUUAGCUGGACUGGCACCUGUAGAUUCGGGACCACCUUGUGUGCGUGGGGGUCAUGGCCCGGGAAGAGGCUGGGGCAGGCACAUCGCCUUGAGUGGGUACCUGUGCCUUUAAGGAAACCCUCUAGAAAAACCACACUUUUGAAUCGAGUGUGAUGACCUUCUGAUUUGCCAGGUCAGGGUUUCUUAAAGCAGAGCACGGAGGGUGUGACUGAAAUACAGUGCUCUCUGCCCAGCAUCCCCAUUCGGUGGUCCACGUGUGUCUGUUGACUUCCAGGUCCUAGUGGUACACUGCCUCUUUCACUGUCAGCCCCUACCUGAAGGAAGGGCUCACCCUGCAACCAGGGCGCUGGCAAUUUCUAGUGAGGAGAUUCCUUCAGCUCUACUGUUAACUAUAUUCCUGUACUUAAUGGCAAUCCUCGUAUAAAAUUGGAGGGUCCCUUUGUAGUUCGACUCUGAACUCCCCUUCCUCCCCAUUGAGAUUUGUGUUCCUUUACAGUAACAAGAGGCAGGCUGUCUGGCUUUGUGUCUGAAGCCAGAAGUAAGUGGGGGUCCUGGGUACUUGGGUACAGUUGUGGGGGGAUCUGUGGGGAUCCCUCCUGCUGGGAUGGUCACAGCACAUAGGAGCAGCCAAGAUGGGGGCCGGGGGCUGGGCUGGUUUGGCGGAGGUACCAGAUGCAGGGGAGGAGGGUGACCUUUGCUGCUGGGCUGCUGCCACCUUUCUGGGCUCCUGGGAGCCUCUGGUGUGAAGUGUGAGGAGUAGGUGGUCUGAUGGGCUGUGGAUAGGCUGGGUGCUGCUAAGGGCGGGCCCAACUCCUCAGAUGACCUGAAGGCAGUCUAUAAAACAAGCUGUUUCCAGACGGGUUGGGCCAGUUCCUUCUGGUGGGUGGGUGCUACCUGCGCAAGUGUUGUAGGACCCCAGCCUGACUGCGGAGUGAAUUGGGUGCCCACAGCUGGGGAGGUGAGGCCGGUGACCAAGGCCACUGCUUUCUCUUUGAGGGCAGGCCCCCGGGGGCUCUGGUGCUUCUGCUCUCUGUGGGUGCUCAUGCUGAAACAGCAGUCUGAUGGCGGGAGCUGGUGAACUCACGCCUCCUGAGCCCAUCCCCUGGGCCUUUCACUAUCCAGUUGAGUGUUUCCCAGAGGCAUGGAGUAGUUGGUCGGGGUUUGGUGGGGUACAGUUUCUGCCCCUGUCCACUUGUGUUAUAAACAGAGCCCCCCACGAGUCUCCCCAGUGUCUCCAUCCGUCCCCCGGGUUGACACUUGUGUGGUAGACUAGAAGUUGAGCAGAGUUCAGGUGCAGGCUGGGUUUUCAGGUUUGUCACAGCCCACACAGCUCCGGGCCCUGAUGUGGGGAACCCCUGGGGCCAAGCCAAGGGCAGAUUGCCCUCCUCUGUCUGUGGGUCUGGAAGACCAGGUGGAGGCGUAUGCUGGCCCACCGCCCAGAGACCGUGUCAUCCUCACCACCAGAAGGUUCUUCUGAUGUAUCCAUUUGAGAUGAGGAAUCUGAAGUUCAGGGAAGCUAAGUAAGUUGUUUAGCAGGGGCAGAGCUGGCAUGCAAACCCGGGCUGCCUCCCUCAAAGGUUUGCUGCCUUCCAGUUUACCAGCAAUGGGGGAUUCAAGAGAGGCCAGCUGUGACUGAACCUGCCUUUAGCAUAAGACGUUUCAUCAGCUUCACCUGUUUCUCCAUGUAGUAGCACUAGCUACAUUUAAAUGAACAGGAGCCUGCCUUUGUGCUCUUGCUGCGUUUCUUCUGAUAGGAGAUUGAAGAAACCCAGUGCUCAUGAAAAUCUCAUCCUUUUGGGGGAAGUUAUGCCAAGAGAGCGUGCAAAGGAAGGCAGUGCUUAACUCAGUAUCAGUUGUGUGACUUUGGGUAUCAUUGGAGGGAGGUGGCUUGGGUCAGGGCCCUUCCUGACCCUCACCCAGAUGACCACCUGGUCUGCCUUUGCCUAGGACUCCCUCCCUCCCCAUACUUUCCUCCUAUGAAAAAUAAACCAAAAAGCUGGAAAAGCAGAAUUUGAAGUGCAGUGCAUAAUCAAGGUUUCAGGAAGGGUAGUGGAGCAGAGCCCUGGGUCCUGAACCACUAAGAAUGCAGGUGGGUAUAGAGUCUAGAGCUGAGUAAAUACGGGGUAGAGAGAGAGCAGUAGCCAACCUCUUCCUGCCGCCAGGCAGCCCCUGCUUACAGGAGUAUCUCGGCUUGACCCACUGGUAUUCCCUUCAACGGUGCCUGCAGGCCUUUGACCCUCCCUUGCCCACAGCCCCUUGGGUGUGGUGCCUGAUGCUUUUGCAGGUUGAGGGCAAAAGGCAAGUCCUCCCUCCCUUUCUCCUCCUAUGGGGAGGACUCCUGCUAAGGAGCCUCACCCUGCAAUAGCAUCAGGCACCCUGGACAGACAUGGGAUGCAGGAUAGUGACACUUCAGCUGGGCAUCUUGGGCUUGCUCUCCCCCUCAAUUGCAUGACCCACAGUGCCUGGGCCUGUGAUGGCUUGUUUGCCAUCUUUAGGGUACACUUGUGAUUUGGGAUUCAGCCUGUUGUUUGCUGGGUCUUCGGCACUGAGGACACUGGCCGGUCACUGUCUGUCCUUCAUGGCAGCUAGCUCUGUGCUCAUCGGAGCUGGGGACAGUCAGACUGGUUUUCUUCAGUGCGGGCUAGCUUGACACAGUCUAAGAGAGUAGUCAUAGGCCCCGGGGAGUCCGUCUUUGGAACCUUCUCUCUGGGGGACCCAGACUCCCCAUGCCUGGGAGGACAGGGCUUCCCCAGAGAAGGAGUCCACGCCCCCUUCUCUCUUGGCAGUGGUGGGAAGUUCCUGGUUGGGCUCCCGUGGGGACAGGGCAGCAGGAGGAUUGGCAGAGCUGGAAUGGGACCCACGCCUCCUGCUUUUCCAGGGUUUUCUUCCCUUGUGGGGCUGGGCCACCCCUGCAGGUUAGAGGGGCCUGUCAGUCUGGGUGCCCCUCUGCCCAGCCCCACCCCAGGGAAAAACUGCAGCUGAAGUUCUCACAAGCCCGGCUUCAGAGCGUGACUCACACUCGCUCUCCUCAGAUUGGGGUGCGGGAGGCUGGCAGCUGAGUCCCCAGCCUCUCCUCAGGACGGUGAGUGAUGCUGCUGCCUUAGGCACCACGUGAUAGCCAGGAGUUCUUUUGCUGGUAACGAGGGAUUCGGUGGGUUCAGGGGAAGCCAGCAGGAGGCUCUCAGGCUUUCAGGCUUGAUUUGGAAAGGUGACAUGCGCCCUGUGGUUUAGAGGCUUCCUGCGAUCCUGGGACAGUGGAACUGGGGAGCUGAAUGGGAGGUGAGAGAGUAAGACACUGAGGAGAACACAUCCCCAAGUUCUGGGGACAGGCUCCUCUCCCAGCCUCUCCCUGCUGAGACCUUUUGCAUGUUGAGAGGGAGAGGCUGGGGGGGUGGGGCCGGUAUCCCAGAGUCCUCCCUUGCAGCUGGUCCACUAGCAAACUGGGGAGGUGGGGGGGAGUGGGGCAGGCCAGUCCCCUCUCUAAGAGCUCUGUUGCUUCCCAGGCUUGCAGGCAUCUCCCCAAGCUCACUGUCUUUCCCAUCUGGCUCCUCCUUGCUCUGUACUUGGUGUUGGUGUCCUUAAAGGCCACAAGCCCAGGUGACCUCAGCCUUGGCCCCCAGCCAUUCCCAGUCUGACUCCUCUGGUAACUUGGGGCCUGUUGAGGGGCUUCGGCUCUUGCUCAGCUGUGCAGCUCUUGCUCAGCUCUUGCUCAGCUGUGCGGUCUGUUCCCGAAUCCUCUUGUCCCCAGGCCCUUUGGGGGUGGGGAAGGGCUGGGCCUAGGCUUUCCUAGGAAAUACAGAUGUGCUUCUUGUUGGGGCUCCUCCAGCACAGGGGUGCCCCGCGUUUUCGAAAAGGGCCUGUUGAUUAUAAACGGCUAGGAUGCUUUUCAGAGUGAAAGGAGGCAUUGCUAAUAAGCCUGCUGAGCAAACAGGGAUGGGGGGCCACCCUGCAUGGAAGUUGAGGGGCCCUUAGGGAGCCUAGCAGACACCUGGGAUUUUUUAGGAGCUCAAUGUCUGUGCUUCAGGGGAGGAAUGGGUUUGCCCCCUCUGCCUCUGUCUUGCCCCAGCCUGGUCUCUGGGCAGUGGCAGGGCCCCGCACGUGGCCAGAGCAGUGCCUGGCACAGUGCCUCCCUUUUCCAGUUUUCCGACUCCUUUCUGAGCCUGACACCCACGAUGCUCUUAGCCUGGUUUUCCAAGCACUCUUUCUCAACUAGUACAGUGUGUGUGGGGAGAGAAGGUACCCAGUGACCCCAGCCAUUGGCCCAAGGCCACAGGAGCUAGCCGGGAAGGGCUCAGGAAUCCCUGGGAGCCCUCAGGCUUGGGGCUUUCAGGGUUAAAUCCUGGCCCAGCAGGGACUGCUCCCAGCCUCUUGGGGAGAGGGAGUAUGAAUAACAAUAGCAGUGGGGAAAUCGAACUGGAAAGCCUGGGCCUGCUGGGUGGGAAGGGGGUUGCCGGGUGCCUGGGAGGGCUGAGCCUUGUCUGGCACCUUAUUUGGCAGCACCUUGCUUUGGAUUGGGGAGUAGAUAGGGAAUGAACAACUCCGUCGGCUGUGACCACUGACACUGACACCUCCACCCCCCUCACACACCCCCACCCCCCCCACACCCUCCGCCAGUUCUGCAUUGCCUUGGCCAUGCCGGCUUCCAGGAUACAGCUCAGCUCUGGCCUCUCAUUCAGGACGGGGCCCAGGCUGCCCCAGAUUGGGAGUACUCCAUGACACACACACGGAGGAAGUCCCUUCCCAUGCUGAGUUCGGGCCCCGCUGGCCGCCGGGAGCCCCUACAGAUGGAAGGCAGCAGCACGGAGCAGGGGGCAGAGAGUGUGGAGACAGGCGUGCCUGAGAGCCCAGGGCACCUCACGGGGCGCCGCAAGAACUACCCACUGCGCAAGCGCCCGCUGGUAGCCGAGAAGCCCAAGGCCUGCAAAGUGCUACUGACCCGCCUGGAGAAUGUGGCUGGUCCACGGAGCGCAGAUGAGGCCGACGAGCUGCCCCCGGACCUGCCCAAGCCCCCAAGCCCAGCCCCAUCUAGUGAGGACACCGGCCUCACCCAGCCCCGCAAGAGGCGCCUGGCCUCCCUCAAUGCAGAGGCCCUCAACAACCUGCUGCUGGAACGGGAGGAUGCCAGCAGCCUGGCAGGCACCCGUCGCAGCCGAGGGGGUGACCCUCACCGCAGCCGGGACCGGGACCGGGACCGGGCCGCUGGGGGCUGGGCCUCCUCCAAGAAGCGGCCCCGGCUCGGGGACCUUGAAGGAGGAAGUCGGGACCUGUCCCCAGAGCCAGCGCCAGAUGAGGGUACCCGUCGAGAUGGUGACCCGGCGCCCAAGAGACUGGCCAGCCUGAAUGCGGCUGCCUUCCUGAAGCUGAGCCAGGAGCGGGAGCUGCCCUUGAGGCCACCUCGUGCCCAUCCAGAAGUAGAUGGGCGUGCCGCAGAGCCACCAGUGUUGAGGGCUCCCAGGCCAAAGUGGGCUAAUAAGGUCAACAGCAAGAACUAUCCCAAGACCCGGCAGGGCCCUGGCUCUGGGGAGGCUGUAGGCCUACUCGGCUGGCAGAGGCACCCUGAGGAGCCGUGGCCGUCUGCCACCCCUCGUGGGCCAGCCAGCCAGCCGCCUUACCGGCCCCUGAGCCAGGCUCUAGAGAGCCCCUUGGGGCUACGCCCCCACCUGCCCCUACUGAUGGGUGGGCAGGCAGCCUUGAAGCCGGAACCUGGGCGCCCAGGCGAGGAGUCGCCUGCCCCCAAGCAGGAACUGCACCAGCCUUCCUUCCCUGCACCUCAGCUGUCCCCCCUGCCACUGCCCGGCAACCCUGCCCACUACAGCGGCCUGUGCGGCCGGCCGGAGCUCAGCGCAGGAGGCAGCUUCUACCUGUACUGCAGCCAAGACGGGCUGCAAUGUGGAGGCUACUCCCCCUGUCCCAUGCUUCCUGAGGGCAAGUUGUCCCCAGUGGCUGCGCCUAACGAGGGGCUUCUCUUGGCACCGAGCUCAGUGCCCGCCGGCACCCCUUUCCAGCACCCUCCCUGGGGCUCUCGCUACUGCUCUAGUGAGGACACUGGAGUGAGUGGCUACAGCAUCUGUGAAGUGUUGCCGCCAUCUCUUACCCAUAUUGGCACUACCUGCGGUGGCUGCCCCUACAAAAUGCCUUUUCCGGCAGAAGGCUGCAGGUCCCUAGGCCAGUUGGAAUUUCCCCUCCCGGAAGCCGGCCACCCUGCCUCACCUGCCCACCCCCUCCUGGGAUGCCCUGUGCCCAGCGUGCCACCUGCAGCAGAGCCCGUCCCCCACCUUCAGACACCCACCUCAGAGCCCCAGACAGUAGCCCGCGCAUGCCCUCAGAGCGCCAAGCCUCCUAGUGGUUCCAAGUCCGGUCUGCGCACAGGCUCCAGCUGUAGGCACACGGCGAGAAGCAAGGCCGCCUGCAGGCCCAGCCACCCCAAGCAGCCACGGGUCCAGCGCCCACGCCCACGCCGCCGCCGCCGCCGCCGCACAAAUGGCUGGGUGCCUGUUGGGGCUGCGUGUGAGAAGGCUGUCUAUGUCUUGGAUGAACCAGAACCAGCCAUCCGAAAGAGCUACCAGGCAGUGGAGCGGCAUGGAGAGACGAUCCGAGUCCGGGACACUGUCCUCCUUAAGUCAGGCCCACGGAAGACAUCCACACCUUAUGUGGCCAAGAUCUCUGCCCUCUGGGAGAACCCUGAAUCAGGAGAACUGAUGAUGAGCCUCUUGUGGUAUUACAGACCAGAGCACUUACAGGGAGGCCGCAGUCCCAGCAUGCACGAGCCUUUGCAGAAUGAAGUCUUUGCAUCAAGACAUCAGGACCAGAACAGCGUGGCCUGCAUUGAGGAGAAAUGCUACGUGCUGACCUUUGCCGAGUACUGCAGAUUCUGUGCCAUGGCCAAGCGCCGAGGCGAGGGCCUCCCCAGCCGAAAGACAGCACUGGUGCCCCCCUCUGCAGACUACUCUACCCCACCACACCGCACAGUGCCCGAGGACACGGACCCCGAGCUGGUCUUUCUUUGCCGCCACGUCUAUGACUUCCGCCACGGUCGCAUUCUCAAGAACCCUCAGUAGCUUGGGCCCACACUGGGGCUGCCCACGGGCAGGGGGGCUCGGGGAAGGGGGCACUGCUUGAAGCACAGCACUUGGUUAAGGGGCCACGGGGGCUGGAGGUUGCUGACCUGUGGUUCUCUUGGGUGGGGGGGAGGGCAGGGACCCCUGUGGGUACUGGGCCCCUCGGGAGGGAAGGGGAGGCCAGGGUAGAAGGAAAGCAUCACAGCCGUCAGCUUGACCCUGGGUGCCUCUCUCUGGUUGCCUGGGUGGAGGAGACUUGAAGAAGUAGUCUUCCCUGAGGCCGGGCCAGGCUUGAGGGGGGCCUCCCCUAGGGGGAGGGGAGAGUCCUUCAGGAAUACGGCCCAACAAGGCUCUGCUUUAGCCUCCCCUGGGCCUUUGGAGGGGGGAGUGGGAGCCAGCUUUACCUCACCCACUGUGACCCGCUGCUUCCCCAUUGGCCUGGGAAGAGGCUCUCCCAGAUUCUAGCACAGCUCCAAGCUCCUUCCUUUGAGGCAUAGAGAGCCAGAGUCUGGCUUCCAGAGCGUAGACUUCCCCUUUGUAGACUCGGGGCCUGUCCCUGGCUUCCUCCUUUGCCCCUGGAGUACCCCACAGUGCUGGGACAAGUGACCCAGUGCUGCAUAGUCAUGGGUGUGGCACACUUGUGGGUGUCAGCUUCCUGUCUGCCUCCUGGUGAGGGUCAUCCAGCAGGUCUGGCUUCCCAGAAGCUAACUGGUCAACAUGGGGUUUGUCGCGUCUGGGAGGGCAGAAGGGAGCUGAGAGAGGGUUAGGGGGCAGGGGGCAAGGAAAAUUGCUACCUGAUUUAUUGAAGACUUUUCCUCUUGCCUUACACUUGGAGGUUCUAGGAAACCUCUUGCAGAACUUCAUACAUGACUCUUUAAGCCACACCCACCUGGAAUCAAACCAAAGGAGUGCUGUGGCUCCCCUGCCCUGCCACCCCUUACCCUAGUCUUUUGUAGAUUGCACUAAUUUACAUCCCUGCGAGAAUCAACACUGUAUCAGUCCACAGACCUGCUGAGCUGCGGCCACUCACUCUAGGAGCUAAGGACCUGCAUUUUUAGUUUGUUCCUGUUGCCCAAGGGCCCUGUUCUCACCUCAAGCUGUUCCCCAGGGUAGGUUAGGAGGCUGGACUCCCUGUUGUCCUUGCCAGGACUAGGCCCUGGCCCCUCCUACCUCCCCUUGGGGGCUCUCUGUGAGGGGGUUGGAGCAGUCUGGUUCUAUCCUAUUUGUACCAAAGAAGAGCAUGGUGGGGAGGAGGAGAGCAGCGCGGAGUGGUCUGGGCCCUGCUGUUAGCACUUCCCCAGGGCACACCCCUGGGGGCAGGAGCCAAGGGGGGCAGCUGUUCUUCUCUUUCCCUAGGAAGGGGCAGGCACAGACCCAGCUCCAGCUAAGCAGGUGACACUGGGUGAGGACAGUCAGGCUGGGUCUGGAGAGGGAGGUGGAAGCAAAUCCUGAGGGCCCUCCCAGCAACCCUAGGCCCUGUGCUAUCCCUGAGAAGACAGGCUCCUCCUGAUUGGUCACUGGGCUUAGGGGAGGCCUAGAGGCUUCUGAGGUGAAUUUACACAUGGAAAGCCCAAUCCCAGACCCUGGGGAAGGGACUAGGGUGCCCUUGUAUUGAAUAAGCUGUUCAGAGGAAGGCGUGGGGCAGUGAAAGAGGUUGGCAGAGAGUGGCUGUGGGGGCUUGGAGAGCCAGCCUGGGAACCUGCUCAUUCCCAGGGUGCUGGGCCCUUGCUGCCAAGGAGCUCAGCCUCACUCAGCAGGAGAGGAGAUCAAGGCCCCUCCUCCCCCGGAGGCAGGGUCUGCUGCCCAGAACUUAAAAUGCUUUUGAAAUCUCUUAGAUGUGGAAAUAUUUUUUCGAACCUGAAAAUGCAGCUGGUAGAAUUUCAAUGGAAGCAUAAUUCAUGUAAAAUAUAUUUUAGUUGAUAUUUUGUAAAAUGCACUUUUUGUGUGUGUCGACCCUGGUUUCUCAGAUCUGUAUUUCAGUGUUUACAAGGGAGGGGGGACCUUUCCUCACCUCCCUUUUGACAGAGAUUAGAAGUACUUCUUUAAGAAAAAAAUAAAUUUGAAAAAUUGUAUUGAUUUAGAAAA